AUGUUUUUCGACCACAGCAUCCGUUUACCUAAAAUGUUUUGGUUGAACCUAUCGAUAUUGAUCGUGACGACGGGUCAGUGGUGGGUUUACCGGGGAACAGUGUCGGCAGCGGCGGCGGCAGUCGUCGGAUAUGAUGAGCCGUACGACUACGGCUACGGCAGUGCAGACAACGACCGAUCGGAUUUAAGAUACCUCCAAAAACAAAUUGACAAUAUAAUGACGGUCUCGUCCAUCGGUCGACCGGCCGUCAGACACACGUUUGGCGCUGUAUCGAAAGCUACCACGUCGCGGUCCCGGCUGUCCGCCGGCUUUUACAAACAGCACCGUCCGAAUGUCAUCGAUAAAAAACACGCCGCGCGCCGUCGCUUCACGCACCGCCCGAAGGACGUCACCGUCGGCCGCGACGGUGCGGUCAACGCGAAAAACGUCACUAGCGACGACUACAUCGACGACGGCGGUCCGAAGACCACGAAGUCCACCGCCGCCGCCCGAAUCCUGUUCGGCACCGAAAACGAGUGCGUGUCAACCAACCCCGGGCGGGCUUGCGUGUGUUACAUGACCGACUUUUUGGAUCUGAUCUGCCAACGUUUGGAUGAGGCGGCGGUGGCUGGCGACGACGACGAAGACGAGACGGCCGCUUUACGGUGUCGGUCGUUCAAGCCUGUCCCGGCUGCGUUUAUCAUUUAUCCUGGUACCGCAGCCGGCGGCGAUGGGACCAGUACUGCCACGACCGAUGCCUCUGUCGUUUCCGCGCACGACUCAGCUGAUGUGAUGGUUGAGCGAAACGGUGGCAAAAGCGGUGGUCGUGGCCGAGGUGGUGUCGGCGACGAAAAGGCUGCGGUAACCACCCCCAUGGGGAAGGAAAUAGAUUUUGACAAAGUUGUAAGCUACCAACUGGAGAAGUCCUCGGACGAUCACUACGCAGUGCAAUACGCUCUGGUCGGGAGCGAUGCCAAAGUCCAAUGUUUGAUCAACGGCAAUGGAACAAGAAUGAAUGCUUUCAAAUGGGACUUUAAAAAGGGCAAAAAUACAACGAAUUCUACGGUAACCGGCGCUGACACGAAUAUCUUAUUGAUAUUGGGUUUGGAACCCGGAGACAGCAAUAAUUACACUUGCAUACCAACAAUGGAUGCGGCCGGAGGCAUUAGAAAUGGCACUUCCUACAAGCAUUACGUUGUAGUAAUGUCCAAGUUGUCGUUGAUCGACACACAUUUUGAACCGGACUACAGCCGAAUGAAUAUAAAAAAAUUUGUCUUCUGUGCACCAGGUUUCGGUAUUCGGGAAGUGUUCUGCGCUGCUUGUCCUCCACACCAUUAUAGUCCGGAUAAAUCGAUUAAAUGUUUGAAAUGCGCCAAGGGUUUCCAUCAGCCGGUUGCCGGAUCGGAAAAGUGCGUCAAGUGUCGAAAUAUUUUUGCCAAUGGCUGUUAUAUGAAAGAAGUUUCACCAAAAGUUUAUUGGUUUGUGGGUUUAUUAAUUAUAUUAAUAUUCUCAGUCCUCGUGACUUCCUGUGCAUGUUGUUGCCGCGAAGAGAACGAAAAAAACAUAAAGAUAAUACCAAGGAAAAUAAGGAAAAAAUUUAAAAAAACUAAAAAGUACAGUAAGUCGUCUCCCCCCCAAAUGGAAGAAACAUCAGACAAUAGUAGUGUUAUAAGCAAAGGUUAUGGUAAAUUAAAAAACCAUUUAUUAAAGUUUAAAAAAAAAUCUAAAUCUAAAAAAAUCGAUUCAAAAAUAUCAUUCAAUAACGUACACGAAAAAUAUGGUCAACGGAUUCAGGAUGAUAACAUUACCGAAGAGAAAAACGACUGA